AUGAUUGAAAGGAAUUUGAUCGAAUUUGACUAUGUUGGUUCCUAUGGAUAUACUAAAAAUUCGUCUUCGGGAAACUAUAAGGAUAUGUGAGUUUGGCAUAGUUUUUUUUUGAUUUGCGAGAAACUUUUUAAAAUUGUUUUUUGAUAGGAAAAUUUGAUUUCACUGUUUUCUAAAAAUUAUUUUUGAUUUGACUUUCAGAAUUAACUCGGUUUUUAUUUGAAAAAAAAAACAAAAAAAAGGUUCUCCCCGGCCGGGAAUUGAACCCGGGUCUCGCAUGUGACAGACGCGGAUACUCACCACUAUACUACCGAGGACACAUUGGAGCUUCGGCUAAAAUGCCAAUAAGAAAUUGAUCGUGACGUAGGAUAGAUAGAAAAAAUUAUGUAGAUACUAGGAGUAAAUAUUUACAGAUUCGUUAUUUUUCCAGGUUCAAUGUGACAAUAAAUGUUGCGCCAAAGAAAUUGAAUCAAUCAAUAGUGCCAACAGAUAUAAAUUCAAAAAUAAUCUACGAACCAGAAAAUUAUAUCGAUCUCAGCGAAGACAUCGAAACAUUUCAGGACGACGGUGGCAAUGAAAAACUUGAAACAAUUCUCCAAUUCAUCGAGAAGAUGGAUUCGAACGAGAAAAAUCUUCGAAAACGCAUCGAUUCAGAUUUUAUUUGCAAUCGAGGACUUCUCAAACUCAUUGCCUUGUCAUUUAACAAAUUUUUGUUUCUGGAAAUUGUCGAAUUCCGUGCGAUUCGGAAGAAAAAUGUGAUUUUUAUGUGCUUCACUAGCCAUGGUGAAGAAUAGUGAGUUUAUGAUUAAGUUCAAAAUAAAUAUAAUAUAAAAAUAUUUACAGUGAUCAAAUGUUUAGAAAAACCUUACAUUUGGCAACAAAAUUCGAAAAUUGUAUGAUAGAAGAUAAGGAGAACAGUCAAGUAACAUGCAGUUCAAAAAUCAAAGUAGUUAAUCGACUGAAAAUCCGAAAAACUUGGAAAAAAUUGAAUGUUUUCUCAUGUUCUGAAAUUGACGCGGUUGAUAAAGGUUUGCUUUUGCUUUAUAAAAUAUAUAUUUUUUUUAAAUAUUCGUCAAAAAAACUAAUUUUGUUUGCAGAAAACAAUUUGAUUGAGAUAAAGCUUCUUAAAAAUGGUCGAAAUGAAAAGUGGCAAAAAAAUCGUGCAUUGAGUGUUUAUCUUCAAGUUUACCUCUGCAAUAUUCAUUUAUUUUUAUUUGGUUAUCGAUUAAAUGAAAAUUAUGAGGAGACCAAAGAAGAAGGUGUCGGAUAUGAAGCUCCAGGAACAUACAAAGUUCAUCAGGUUUUUAUAUUAUUUUGAAUUUUGUGUCAUAUAGAAAACAAAACAUUUCAGAUCGAAUUGAUUGAACGAGACAAUGUCUAUUGCGAACCAAAAAACUGUUAAUCGCUCAAUUUGUUUUCUAUACGACACGUUGUCACAUAUCCAAAAAAUGUUGUAUGAAAAUGAUUUGGCGAUUUAUGUCAAGCAAAGUGCUAGAGCAAAGUUUCGUUUUGAAUAUAUCAGUUCCGAAGAUUGCGAAUUUGUUCCAGAAGAGUAUAUCGAAAAAUUUGAAUAAGUUGGUACAAUUUUGGAGAAGUACAUAUGUACUUAUGUCGAACAAAAUUGUUUUUCUCCUAUGAUCAAUUUUUUUGUUUCUUAUCCGCUCUUGACUUCCUAAUUUUUUAACGAAUAAAUUACCAGAAGAUAUUUGAAAAUUCUCCUCAAAAAUUCUUGCAAAAAUAAUCUUCUCCGCUUACCUAUCUUUGACUAAUUUCUAAAAUUCGCCAACAUGCAAAACAAACUGAAAACUUUCGUCAUUUCCCAUUUUCCAGUCGCCUCACAAUGAACAUCUCUUGUAUUCCUGAAACAAGUGUGUUUUUCCAAAUUUCCUCAAAAAUCUUAUCAAUAAUAUCAAUACCUAUUUAUCUCAUCACAAGCUAUGUAUUAUCUUUAAAAUGUCCCAAAGUUUUUGAUAAAUAUCGACUUUAUCAUCUGCAACACAUUCUAAUUUGUGCAAGUGCUGAUUUUGACCAAUACCUUAAUCAAUAGUGUUAUCAGAAGUACUCUCCUGAUUUUCUGUCUCAAAUUGUUAUCUCAUAACAUUCUUUAUCAAGUGGAAAUAUCGUUUUUUUCUUAUCACUUUUAGUUCAAAAUGAACGCAAAAAAUUGAUCGUAUUUGACUAUAUUGGUUGCUAUAAAUACAUCGAAACUGCUACUUCUGGAAAUUAUAAGGAUAUGUGAGUUUUUUGAGAGAGAGAAAUGUGUUUUUACAAAAUUCCUUCAUCGCAGGUGACAAUCAAUGUUGCGCCGAAGAAAUUGAAUCAAUCAAUAGUGCCAGCUGAUAUAAAUUCGAAAACAAUCUUCAAACUAGAAAACUUUAUUGAUCUCAGCGAAGGCAGAGAGAAAUGUGUUUUUACAAAAGUAUGGAAUUCGCUGAAAGAUCAAGGAGUCGAUCAACACUACAUCAAGAUCCUCCAAAAAUGCUACGAGGAGUGUUCCACCAACAUCACACCAUUCUCCAAAAAAGUAAAAAUCCCAAUCUCAAAAGGAGUUCGCCAAGGAGACCCAAUCUCUCCGAAUCUAUUCUCCGCGAGUAUUGAAGGAGUUUUCCGCUCCACAAAUUGGUCAGAUUGUGGAAUAAGUAUAGAUGGUAGAAAGUUAACCACCUUCGAUUCGCUGAUGAUGUCGUUCUGA